CUGUCUGUCACAAGAGCUGUUGAACUUUGACUUUUGCGCAUACUUGGCCUGUUCGCACCUAAUUCUCAGGAAAUUCCUGCCUGCAUUUUUGAGAUGCUCGGCUCGUCCAGCCUGAACACUGAAGGCUGACUGAACCGGUUAAAAGAGGAUGUCAACAAGUGACGCAGGAGAGCUGGAGCCCACAGUAGUAGGAGGAGAGACAGCUACGCCUCUGUACGGGACAGCAACACGGACUACAGCUGCACGAGAACAGCAAGAUGAAGCAUUUGGUGAAAGGUUCAAACAGGAGAAUCAUCACUCUGAUGGAAUUCCAGCUGAGCAGAACUCUCACCAAUCAGCCGUCAGACAGAGAGAAACACACAAAGCAUUAAUAUUAAGAGUGGACAACCUCAAAAAGGACGAGGCUUCUCACUGUGGUGAUCCAGAGGUCCAGAUCCAGAAACCUGUUGGGCCCAGAUUCACCUCUAGCCUCCUCCUGAGACUCUCCAGGAGCCUAAGCUUUGACAAACCUGUACUAAAGGAGAAUUUAGAACCCACUCUGCACAGUUCAACCAAACAACAACAGGUUGAGAGCAGCGUUCAGGUAAAUGGAAGAACGCCAUCACAACACACCUCUGUAGAGACAACCAGCAUCUAUCCAUUAUCAGAGACAAUACCAUUUCCAGUGAAGAAGGAAGACGAGGUCAUCACAGUUUGCAAUGAACUGGAGAUUACCCAGGACUUGAGUACAGCUUACAUUUUUUCAAAUGGUGACAUUGGACCACAUGAACACAAUGGUUUGCACAUACCUACAUUUUUGUCACCACCAAGGACUUGCACUGAAGUUGAGUUAGAGGAUGAUAUAAAGGACCAAACAAAGCUUGAAAACCAAACAGAUAUUGGGGAACAGUCUAACCCCCCUACGACUAUGUUGUCCUCAACCGUGGUAACAGUUCUUGCCCCGCACUGGAAUGGACGCCUACGACGGACCAAAAGACCUGAUGGAACGGGCAAUUCAGAAGCCCAGGGGAAUCUACAAGAAGUGGCAAAUACUGCAGCACAGCGUGAGCGUGGUUUUCAUGUGACUCAGAACCAACACGGUGUGGAUAGGGUGUUGACAGAUGGGCCACAAGCCCAACUGAGGUCCCCAUUUCUGGGCCCCAGGAGAAAUACAGUGGGCUGGUCAGCUAAAAGUGAUCCUUCAAGCUUGGACUAUGAAACUAAAAGGCAAAUGAAUCACACUGUCUCCUUGGAUGUAAACUCUGGAUGGAUGGAAAACAGGAAGAUAGAUGCAGGUGGUUUAAGCCCUUUAGCCACAACUAAAUCAUCUGUGUCUCCCCUCUUCCAUGACCCAAAUGAACAAAGGAGGAAUCCACAAACCGGCCAUCAAGGAGGACUCUCAUCUUUAAGCUCAAAACCAACAACCAGCAGUCUACUUCUAUCUCUAAGGAGAUAUAACUCCAAUGGCCAGAACUCUGAUUCAGCUUCCACAUUCUCAGAUGUAAACCCUUUGCCUCUAAACGGUCCUUCAAGUGAUCAAAAUGGACAAUUAUUUACAACCCACCUUUCUCAAAGCUUUCUCAAUAAUAAUGACCAAGACAGGACAAAGUCUCUUCUCUCUCCAUCACCUCUUUCUUAUAGGACAACUGAAAUUGGACCUGUCCUUUCCCCAUCAUCCUCCAUUCACAGAGAAAGGAACAUAUCUGACACAGUCUUCUUUUCAACAUCCCCAAUAAACAGAGAUGCAGGAGGUACAGCCUCCACCCACCACCCUCAGACAGUAAAUAGGAUCCAGCCCAGUGUGACAUCUUCCAAACAGCCAAUUCUAAGUAAAGGACCAUUAGAGAGACAACUGAACAGCAGGGAUUCAGAUAAAAGUACAAACCUAAUGUCAGAGAACAACAACUCCUCAGCCAGACAUUCCCCAUAUGAUCACUCUGCACUGCUGAAAACCCAUUCCUUUCCUCAAAGGACCAACCUAAAAUCCACUUCCUGGUGGAAACAAGUUAGCCACGAAGGUAGCUCUCCUCUCAUCCUUAGUGAUACAACCACCAUCAAAGACGAGCUAAACACACCCCUUGUUCCACCCUGUAAUGAUAAUGGUGGCAUGGCCUCUCUAAGUCCGACUGACAACAAAACGCUGGGUCGUCAAAUCUCCAGUAACAAAGACAACAAUAACACAACAGAGGCAGUCUGUAAAGGGAACAUGAACUUUGUUAUGAAGACACGGGGAGGAACACACAGUCUCAAACAAAUAAUCCCUGAGACUUCCCUUGAUCACGAAUCACAGAGGCUUGUCAAACAGCAGUACAGCUUAAACCUAAACAACAGAGAACCACAAAAGCCUUAUAGUAUGCCUGAUGCAUUUUGUAGUUCUAAAAUUAGCAGAGCUACAGCACAAACAACACUGAGUCACGCUAAAGAUCCCUGCAAGUCUGAUGCAAGCAACAGUUCAUUUACAGCAAGUGUAGCGGAAUUACCACCUACUUUGCUAAAUCCCAAAAGCUCAAAUACACCCACAGAGAGCAGCAGCAAGUACAAAAAUAAUCCUUGUCCUGCCAAAACCAACAACACCCCCAUACCUCCUCUCAGCACGGACUCACAGAAGUUUACCAAACCAUCUCUUUCUCUUGAUUUCACUAACACUCUCAGCAGUCAAGCUCUUAAUUCUCAAGCUACCUCUGGUCUCCCCCCAACCACAAACACUAAAAAUAGUUUCUCUUUCAGUUCUCCUCAAGUUUCUUCUCAGACUAGCAUCCAUGCUUCAUCGCACGCUGGAUCUUUGUCCCACAUACCACAGUUUAGCAAUAAAUCCAACACUACACCUCUUGGCUUUGAAAGAACGUAUGCCUCCAUUCCCAAACCUUUCCAACCUAACACUGUGUCCAGCCUGAUUCCCACAAUCAGUUCUUUCUCUAAAACAAACUACAGUUCUGCAUCCACCACCUCAAGCACUGGAAGACAUCCUGUAUCCACUGCUUCCCCAAGUCCUUCCUUUCUUAGUCCUCCUGUCACUCCCACUGCUAUCUCCUCUCUCCUGACUCCCCCUGCAACCCCAGUCAUUUCCAGCCCAAACUACUCAGAAACUCCCAGUCCAAAAGGAGGGAGGACAUUCCCCAACAGCCCAGAAACAGACCCAAAGAAACGCCUCAGUGCAGAGUUAAAAAAACUAAGACGAGUAACAUGGGAGGACUCAGUUGAUGUCCAGGUUUCAGAGUCCACCACAGUGGAGAAGCCAGAACCAUCUCGAGUCCCAACAAGCACUCCAUCUCCCUCCAAGUUCUCUCGGAAUGCUCCAUCCAUCUUUUCGUUUCUAAGACCAAGCAGUCCAACAAGAAAUACAUCUCCUCUUUGCUCUCCUACCCCCAAGACCUCCAGCAUACAGGUGGGCAAAGGAGGAAAAUAUCGAUCUUUGUCUUCUGACUCUGCUGAUUUAGCAUCCAGAGAGAAAAACAAGCAAAGAGCUGGUGACACGAUGAUCAUUGACCAGGGAAAGCGGGACUUAACCACACCCAGGCAGGAAAGAACACUAUCAGUGGAGUCUGGCACAGUUCAGUGUCAUUCUUCUGCUCCCCUCUCCCUCCCUCCUGACUUUUCAAGUAGUUAUAAGCUUCGUUAUAGCUCCCCACCUUACUCCACUCUCAUGUCUAACAGGCUGGCACAUGGAGAAACUAAAACUGCAACACCCAGAGCACGACUUUUCUCUCAACCCUCUCAGUUAAAUUAUACCCCACAACUUUCCUUAAAUACAGCCAAGCCCCCUUUGUCACCUGUCAGGCCAUCCCAGCCCCCAUCCUUGUCUUCCCAAAAAAAUUCUGCCAUGCAAGACACUUCAAAAUGUGGGGUUUCAGAAGCUGAUCAUGUCAACAAUAACCUCAGCAAGAGUACCACCCAAGACCGUCAGAAUAGCCAGAUAUUACUUGUCGACAACAGAAUUCAUGUUAGCUUACAGACUCUUCGGGGUGAUAAGGCACACAAGUCCUCAUAUGUAACUGAGACACUGGUUUACGGCAUUAAAACCAAAGUAGAUACAGCUACUGCCCCAAAUGACACCACACCUAAACCUUUGCAAGAUACCGCAAACACACUGGUUUCCAUGGAGUCCAAGUUAAGUCAACAGUCAAACAUAGUGCAGAGUAAGGGAGCAGCAGGUGAAGCAUAUCGUCAUUCAGAUCAGAGCUCCAGUGGUAGCAGCUCAACAGACAGUCAGUCCCGGAAUAAUGAAGGCAGAAGCAGAAGAAUGAAGGAGAAUGUGCUGGGCAAAAGCAAAUUUUUUUCAGUGGAAGUUAAUAAUGAACAAAGUCCAAAGAAAAGCCGAUUUGCACUGAAGAAAAGUGUGAGCACCCCAAACCCCAGUUUAUCAAGGUCAGAGUCAGAGAGGGCCAACAAGAGUACUAAAAUGGACCAGGUUCUUAAUAGACUGAGACAAAAAUUCAGCCCUAGACGAUUUGAAGAUGAUUCAUCAUUUCCAUGGAAAUGGAAACGAGCUUCCCAAACACCUUCCAUUAGUGGAUUAAGUGAUAUCAGUAAUGUCAGUGACAGUGUUGAGAGUGCCAAAACUCUGGAGGAGCGAGUGCAGAAGAAAGAGAUAGCGUUGAGUGACAAUGAAAAGAAAACAGAGGAUACAGAUAGAUGGACACAAAACAGAUACACUAUCAUACCAGCCUCAGCUGUUGGAAGCUCAGCAACAGGAGAUCACUUUUCUGUUUGGUCAGAAAAAUCAGCUCUAGAAACUGAUCAAGAAGAGAAAAAUACUUGUGCAGAACACACAUUUGAAAAUAAAGCCCAAGUUCACCUGACAGUCGACCACCCAGCUACACACCAGUCUGACUUUUACAAAGACAGCAAGACAGAUUAUACAGCAUCAAACCAGUUCCUGUCAUGUAGAGAUCUCAGUCCUUGUAGGAGUCCUAGUCCCUCUGCUGCCUAUCCUGCUCAGUUCAGGAAGUCCACGCCGAGCCCCAGAAGCCCCUUCUCCCCCUUCUCCUCUCUAUCCCCUCUCUCCCCAUUUUCUUCACCCGAAGUGACAGAUGACAGUGUCUUCUACAGCCCAAAGCUGCACCGUCGCAGAGAAUCCCCCUCUCCCUGUGAGCCAGGAGAAGGAAUGAGCUUAGGAGGUUCAAGAAGAAGCCGGGUGUCCACAGGUCCUCCAAGUGUAAGCCCAGUACAAGACAAGGAACGCUUGGCAUCCUCGUAUGCAGACUUAAAGUACGGUAUUGAGCCUAGUAGGUCCUUUUCUGUGAGUUCAGUUCUGUCCAGUCGACCUUCAGGGCCUGGACGUAUUUCCACUGGAUCCAGAUUCAUGAGUAUGGGUGACCUCUCAAAAUCUGCCUUGUCUUGUGGAGGUAAUGGCAGAGACUUGGACCAGUGGUCUGUCACACCUGAUUGGAACAAAGAAGCCGAUUGCCAGCCUGCCAGUGACAGUCGAACGUCAUAUUUCCCCGGUGAUCCUGGGAAAAUGAGAUCAAGAUCUCUGCCUCGAUCGCUGACCAAGUGCUUGACAAACUGGAGCUCAGGAGCCUCUCCGUCUCAGCCUGUAGCUGCCCCAGCCUCAAGGCCUGCUCACCUUUGGAGCCCUAACAUGGACACUUGUCAGUUUACAUGGGAUACAGAGGGUCCCCCGACUCCUCCUCCAACACCGCCACUCUCACCAGUGUCCAGACGCAUGUCCAAACCUCCCAGCCUUUCCUCCCCAACCUUUCCAAGCUCAUCAGGAGCACUCCAACAGGUGGACAGCCAGUCCUCCUCCAGAGGGCUUUUGCCCUCCAGAGGUUAUGUUUCAAGCCUUAGCACCUAUGAGGAGUCUUCAGACAGCAGCUCAGACACAACCACAGAUGAUGAAUAUUACCUAGAAUCAGAUGAGGACAGAGAAAAGGAAACAGAAUUGUGAAAGAGGAACAGUUGCUUUGAAAGCUUCUUUAAGGUUUCUGCGAUCCAAGACAUGACAAAGAAACGUCCAUGAGGGGAAGGACGCGCUGUAAUCUUUUAUGUAUGAUAACAUCUGCUUGUGUCCUGUUUUUGUUAACUCUCUUACUGUCACAAAGGAGAUGUGAGAUCAGUUAGAACAGUUGGUUGCUUGCAUGAUUUACUUUUCGAAAGUUGUAGUUGUGGUUGUGGUAAAAAGACAUAUGGGCGAGCAUGAUAUUAUCAGCAUAGGGUUAAAUACUUCCUAAGUAUGUACAGUUUAUUGUCUAUGACUGCAGGUCUGCGAUUUAUGGAUAGUAAAUUACCAUUGUUCUGCAUUUAUAGUUUGGACAGUUGCAUGGCAUUAGUGAGGUAUAAGUAUCUGUGUGGUUGUUUUAAAGAACAAACUGCUCUGUAAGGCUAGGCUUUCAGCAAGUCUAAUCUUUAGAUUUGCAUUUCAUUCUGCUAGAUAACAGUAAGUGCUGAGGUAAUGUGGAUAAACAUGCUAUCAUUUGAUAUUUCAUCAUAUGUGUUCCGUGUGUUUGAAGAUUGAACUGAAUUCUGGGAAAUGUAAGCAGAAACAACUUAUUUUCUUAGUAACUUUUUUUUAACAGACAAAGUGUUGCUUUAAAACUUUUUUUGUACUUUGGGAUGAAAUAUAAUCUUGUUAUGAUUAACAAACAUCAUGAAAUGCUCUAAACAGUGCCUGCUUUUAUUUGUACAGUGACAAUCUAAAGUCUUAAUAUAUCUAUUUUAUAAAUAAAUGUAAUAUUUCCAACAAAA